GGGGGUCGUGGACUGUGUCAGCAUUGAUGCCACCGCUUACAGUUCAGGAGAACAGCACCCCGAGAAUCGAACUGAGGAUGCACCUCUAUAGGACUGCCGUACGACCAAUUAUGCUACGUUGCUUACUCACUAAUAAGCAACAGUGACAAUAGGCAACAGUGACAGGAGGUUCUCGUUGCUUCCUAUUGCUGCGUUUAGAUCUCAAGGUUCCUUCUCACAAGUCAUUCAAGUCGUGUGAAGAAGGAGAGGAAUGGAGGGCACCGUGGAGUGUAGAAUCAAUAAAUUGCCGGAUUCGGCUCUGCUGCACAUGCUCUGUUUUCUCCCCAUCAAAGCGGCAGCGAGGACCAGCAUCCUGUCGAAGAGAUGGAGGCGUCUGUGGACGGCCAUCCCCUCCUUGGCUUUCGACGAGAAAGACUUUCCUUCGAGACAGAGGUCGGGAUUUUCGCUGGAUGGAACCGAGUCGACCGACCUCUUCACAAUUGUGAACCAGGUACUGCUGAACCAUGACAGGUUCCUCCGCAGCCUCUGCUUGCGCUUGACUUUGAGAAACGAUUCCGACAGGAGGGUUCUCGGCAGUUGGAUCCGUCAUGCCAUCGUAGUGAACCAAGUGGAAGAGCUCAGCCUCCAGAUUUCUUACAGUGACCGUAGUAGUGGACUAUAUGAAUUGCCUCUUCAUUUGUGCGACUGCAGGUCCAUUUGUCACUUGAAGCUGAGUGGCUCCCAUUUUUGUUCUCGACCAGGCAGAGAAGUAGUGCUUAGCUCUCUCCAGAGCCUAAGCUUACACGGUGUCCAUUCCACUGUAGCCGACUUCCCUCGCAUGCUUGAUGCUUGCCCGCAGCUUGAAAAAUUGGUCAUCCACAACUGUUCAAAAGAUGUAACGGAGGAUGUGCAGAUAUCUGCAACAAGACUGCUGAGCUUGAGCAUUAAAGGCUCUGUACUUGGAAAGAUAAAGAUGAUUGCACCAUCUUUGCAAUUCAUUGAUUACGAUUGUCAUGACUCGCCGUCUGAUGAGGAUGGUGGCUUAAGGAAGGUUCUUGUCGACGACACUAGUCGCAUAAGAAGUAUCGCUGCCUGCGCAUGUAUUUUUAGAGUUCUUGGUAGGCAUGGGGAUGGCGUUGGAUCUCCAAAAUUGGAUGAGCUGAAAGUGAUUGUUCUACGACCAUGUUCAUGGAUACUGAGGGUUGAAUCUCUUCUGUCUCUAUUGAGAAUUUCUCCGUCCUUGCGCAGUCUCUGCAUUGAAGAUUUCAGGAACCUGUCUCACCCAUUCACCGAUGCUGCAUACGAAUCUGCCGGGCUUGUACUCAUGCACCUUCAAAAUCUUAAUAUCCGCUGCUUCAGCGGAAACGAGGAGGAACAGAAGUUGGUGAAGCAUAUUCUCAAGGCUGCAUCUUCGCUUGAAUAUGCUUUCUAUAAGGCAAACAAAGGCGUGGAGCAUCCACAAUUCAAUGACUUGGAAGUGGUCGCAAUACAUCCAUGUUCAAGGGAAUUGGGACUUGAAUACGUUGCUUCCCUGUUGGGAAAUUGUCCAGUUUUACGUAGUCUUUAUAUUGAAAAGUGCAGCUCCCUUUCUUAUCCAAAUGAUGAUGCUGUAUAUGAAUCUGUUGUUCGUGUGAUUCAAAACCUCCGUAGGAUGAGCGUGGAGUCCUUCAACGGGACACAAUCUGAAAUGAAGUUGGUGAAAUAUGUUCUGAAGGGUACACCAUCACUAGAGCUUGUUACAAUAGAUGUUGCUUCAAUGGAUGUGCUGGCACUGUCUGUCAUAAAUGAGCUUCUGCACUUGCAGAAAAUGUAUUCACAACUGGACCUGAAACUUCUUUGCACUAGGAAAUGAAGACAUCCACAGGAUGAGACCAAGCUUGCUUUUGGUGUCAAUGAAUAUAAUGUGCAUGUAUCUCUCUGUAAAUUUGUAGGUUUCUUCUUUCAGAAAUAUUUAUAGGGAAAGUUCUGCUAUUCAGAGUUUGUGCAUUUAUGUAACCUUUGGACGUUUGCUGGAUUUUGACUGUUGAAUGUCCUUGGCAACUUA